AUGUUAAAUUCUAAAGAAAAUAUAGAUGAAUUUCUUAAAUCAAUAUCAAACGAAACUCUUGGUUUAUAUAAUCAAUCUGAAAUUGAAAACAGUUCAGAUUCUGCAUUUUAUGUUCAACAUGAAGUUCCAGAACCUUUAAUUAUUAUAGAAUUAAUAACUGAAGAAUAUGAUUAUAAAAAAGAAAUCAAUGAAUAUCGAAAUAAUGGUGCUGCAUUCUUUGCUUAUUAUUAUACAGAAGAAUAUAAAUGUUUCUCUAAAUAUUUAAAAAUAGCACAAAUAUUUGAUUCUCUUAGUGUUGAAAACAAAAUUAGACACGAAUUAAAUAAUAAUUGUUUAAUAUAUGCGUUACAACAAGCUACAAUAAAUGAGAAAGUUGUUGAUUUAUAUUGUGUUCAUUGUUAUUCAAGAUAUCAGAAAAUUAAAUUGAUAGAUAAAGUUUCAAAAUCAUGUAAUAUUAGAAUUCAAAUAAAAAAUGAAGAAUUAAAGCGCAAAGAUCAUGCUAAUACAAUAAUGAUAUAUAUAGGAUCAGAUAAUGAAGAAGCUACUGAAAUUAGUAUGUAUUUAUUCAGAGAUUCAAAUAUGAAGGGUGAUCAUUAUUUCUUAGAUAAAAAUAUUACUAUUACUCCAUUUUAUCUUAAGAAUAGAGUUGAAAUGAAUAAAUGGGCAUUAGAUCACAACAAACCAAUUGAAUCUUUGUUUAAUAAACAAAGAAAGAAAGGAAAUUCAUAUUUAACAAAUCCAGGAGCUAAAUCCAAUAUAAAAUUAUCUGAACUUAUUUUAUAUAUUAGAGAUAACAAUGGCUUUAAACCAUAUUCACUUAGUGAUGUUCUUCAUUUACCAUCUGAUUUAUCUGAUUAUGUAAACAAUCAAUCGAAUCAUUGGAUAAUCUAG